GGUGAUGCUGCAGCGGCCGCGGCGGGCUGGGGGGCGCCAGGCCAGGACCAAGCUGCGCUCGGGGCAGCCAGGAGCCCAGCCUCGGAAAGGGAUGCCUCCCGUCUGGACGCACAGGUUCCCUCACAGCGACACCCACCAGCCCUGCCUACGAUGAUCCCCCCGGCAAGCAGCGCCCCUCCGGGAGAGGCCCUCUUCCCAAGUGUGGCUCCUCAGGACUUCUGGAGGACCGCCACCUCCAGCUAUUCGGGGUCAGUGACUCGGCAUAUCAGCCACCGGGCCAACAACUUCAAACGUCACCCCAAGAGGAGGAAGUGCAUUCGUCCCUCUCCACCCCCACCCCCCAACACCCCAUGUCCCAUUGAGCUGGUGGACUUUGGGGACCUGCACCCCCAGAGGUCCUUCCGGGAGCUGCUUUUCAAUGGCUGCAUCCUGUUUGGAAUCGAGUUCAGCUACGCCAUGGAGACCGCCUACGUGACCCCAGUGCUCCUCCAGAUGGGCCUGCCCGACCAGCUCUACAGCCUGGUGUGGUUCAUCAGCCCCAUCCUCGGAUUCCUGCUGCAGCCUCUCUUGGGUGCUUGGAGUGACCGAUGUACCUCAAGGUUUGGAAGGAGACGCCCUUUCAUUCUUGUCCUGGCCAUAGGAGCAUUACUGGGCCUCUCGCUCUUGCUAAAUGGCAGGGACAUUGGCACAGCCCUGGCUGACACAGCCACCAAUCACAAAUGGGGCAUCCUCCUGACUGUGUGCGGGGUAGUUCUGAUGGACUUCAGCGCCGACUCAGCGGAUAACCCCAGCCAUGCCUACAUGAUGGACGUGUGUGGCCCAGUGGACCAGGACAGAGGCCUGAACAUCCAUGCCCUCCUGGCAGGUCUUGGAGGAGGGUUCGGCUAUGUGGUCGGGGGAAUCCACUGGGACAAAACCAGCUUUGGGAGAGCCUUGGGGGGUCAGCUCCGUGUCAUUUACAUCUUCACCGCCGUCACCCUGAGCGUCACCACUGUGUUGACUCUGGUCAGCAUCCCUGAGAGGCCCCUGCGGGCCCGGGGUGAGAGGAGGACAGCCAUGAAGAGUCCCAGCCUCCCACUGCCCCCGUCCCCACCCGUCCUGUUAGAGGAGGGGGCCAGCGAGGCCCUCCCUUCCAACGCGGCCACCAGCCUGUACGCCAGCUUCUCCAGUCCCAUCUCCCCGCCCAGCCCCCUCACCCCCAAGUACGGCAGUUUCAUCAGCAGGGACAGCUCCCUCACCGGCAUCAACGAGUUCGCUUCGUCCUUCGGCACCUCCAACAUAGACAGCGUGCUCAUCGACUGUUUCACGGGGGGCCAUGACAACUACUUGGCCCUCCCCAGCAGCGUCCCCAGGCAGGCCAUUAGCGUCAGCUUCCCCCGGGCCCCUGAUGGCUUCUACUGCCAUGAGCGGGGGCUGUUGGAAAGGAGGGAGGGGCCCUUGACCUCGGGCUCGGAUGGAGAUGUGCUGAGGGUGGGCUCCCUGGACACCUCCAAACCACGGGCCUCGGGGAUCCUCAAGAGGCCCCAAACACUGGCCCUCCCGGAUGCAGCGGCAGGUGGUGGCCCUGAAGCCAGCAGGAGAAGGAACGUGACCUUCAGCCAGCAGGUGGCCAACAUCCUACUGAACGGCGUAAAGUACGAGAGCGAGCUGACGGGCUCCAGCGAGCAGGUGGAGCAGCCCCUGUCCCUGCGACGCCUCUGCUCCACCAUCUACAACAUGCCCAAGGCACUGCGCAACCUCUGUGUCAACCACUUCCUGGGGUGGCUCUCAUUCGAGGGAAUGCUGCUUUUCUAUACGGACUUCAUGGGUGAGGUGGUGUUCCAGGGAGACCCCAAAGCACCGCACGCAUCGGAAGCAUAUCAGAAGUACAACAGUGGUGUCACCAUGGGCUGCUGGGGCAUGUGCAUCUACGCCUUCAGUGCUGCCUUCUACUCAGCCAUCCUGGAGAAGCUGGAAGAGUGUCUGAGUGUCCGUACCCUCUACUUCAUUGCCUACCUCGCCUUCGGCCUGGGCACCGGGCUGGCCACACUCUCCAGGAACCUGUACGUGGUCCUGUCCCUGUGCGUCACCUAUGGCAUCCUGUUCUCCACGCUCUGCACCCUGCCCUACUCACUGCUCUGCGAGUACUACCAGAGUAAGAAGUUUGCAGGAUCCGGAGCGGAUGGCACACGGCGCGGUAUGGGCAUGGACAUCUCGCUACUCAGCUGCCAGUACUUCCUGGCUCAGAUCCUGGUCUCUCUGGUCCUGGGGCCCCUAACCUCAGCUGUGGGCAGUGCCAACGGCGUCAUGUACUUCUCCAGCCUUGUGUCCUUCCUUGGCUGCCUCUACUCCUCCCUGUGUGUCACCUAUGAAGUUCCUCCCAGUGACACAGCUGUUGAGGAACACCAGCCCCUCCUGCUGAAUGUCUGACAUCUCAGCUUUGGACUUGAGGGUGGCCUGCUGAAGCCUGGCUACUGAGAAACCAAAGGCCUUGGUGAGCAGGCAGGCUUCCCGGCGGAAUCAGAAUGGAAACAUGUGGUCAAUAAUAAAUGAAAGCAGUGAAACCUG